AGAAGGCAAAAUAUAAAUUCCAUGUGGGUUUCGAAAAUAAAGCGCAUUCCAUGUCGGUUUCGGUAUAAAGUUUGUUCAGAUUUAUAAAAACCCUAGCUUCUUCCCAAAUUGAUUUUCAGCACGCCUAUUCAAAUCAAAAGGCAAUCCUAUCGUGUCUUCUUUCCUCAAAGCUAAGAAAUCGACAAAGCUUCCCCACCCAAAGAUAGUUCGUCGGAGACGAGAGGUUAUCAUUAACCCCUUUUGCAGAAUGAAUGGUUUUUUUUUGAAACGCAAGUAUGAUGAUGGUGGCGAUAGAAAUUAUUUAUCUUUAUUUUCUGGGCAAGAUUGGUCUAGGUGUGAAAAUCAUCAAAGUAUAGUGCUUCCAUUCUCUAAAAAAUCUCGUAUCCAUGGUAGUAGUUGCGGUGGAUUAUUUUAUUUUGACAAUUUUAAAGGUAGGAUUAUAAUUUGCAAUCCAACCACCAAAACUUUCAAAUCUCUUGAUCCGCCCAAAAUGCCAAACCCUCCAAAUAUAACAAUGUUCAGUUGUAGCGGAUUGGGAUACGAUCAUAUAUCGGAUGACUAUAAAGUUGUAAGACGAUUUUAUCAUAGUUACGGCGGCUGCACAUAUCUUGAUACUGUGUAUAAAGCUGAGGUAUUUUCACUUAAAAGGGGUUCAUGGAAGGAGAUUAAUAGUCAUGUUGAUGGAUCCAUCCUUGAUACGAGGGUAUGCACCGAUGGUAUUUAUAUUAAUGGAGUUUGUUAUUGGUUAGCAGCUUCAUGGAAAGUUGUAUCAUUUGAUUUUACGGAUGAAAGGUUCUCCUUUUUCAAUUUACCAGUGAGGUUCUCCUCUUUCAAUUCAACAAUGAAAAAUCUUUACGAUUACGUGAAGUUUAGAUAUGAUCUUAUCAAAGUUAAUGAUAUGGUGGGUGUUUUUCGCUCUCAAAAACCUCCACCACUUGGUCCCGGGUGUUUUGGAUUUUCUACCCCUUUUGAACUUUUCGUAAGAAAAGAAGGCUCAUGGGUUCCUUGGUGCAAUGUUAACCUUUGUGAUAUUGUGAGGCCGCUGCUAUUGAAUGAAGAUCGAUUUUUAUUUCUUGAAAAACAACUAAGUGAGCGUCUCAGUCAAUUAGUCGUUUAUGAUUUGAAAGCAGAGAAGUUAGAGGAGCUAGAUAUAUAUGAUUAUCGAGAAGUGAUGACGAUCAUACCAUAUGUUGAAGACAGAUUUCUACUGCGAUAUUCAAAACCAAUGGGGGAUAGAUCCUAUAGUAAGGAUGAGGAGGAGGAAGAGAACAGGGACAAGUUGUGGGAGUGGGAGAAGAAGAGGUGGAUGAGGUUGAAGAAGAAGAGGAUGAAGAAGAUAAAGAGAAGGACAAGGACUAUGAUGAAGAUUCGUCCCAAGUGCAAGUGGUGGAUAAUGUUGAACCACUAUCUAAAGAGAAAGAUUAGGGAGGACGAUCGAUGAAACAUCGUCUAGUUUAUAGUUUAUAUUUAAGCAAGUCUCCUUUUGGCAUUUUCUUCUUCUAUUUCCAUUUUGUGUUGUCGACUUCCUUUAGAAUUGAGCUUGUGAUAAUUGCAGAAUUGAGCUUGUGCUAUUGCUGUAUGUCUUAAGGAAUAAAGUUUUUCUAUUAUUGACUAUAUUUGUUGA